AAGGCGUCCGGGGCUCGAGGUUUCUUCUACCAGUGCGACGUUUUCACCGGAAAGACGUAUAACAAGUGAUACAAUUGUGACGUUUGUGAUUUCCUCCGCGGUCCGAGAAGCACGUGGAGAAAGUGUCGCGGCGAUUGGACAGAUGCAGAUUAGAGUGAACAGGGUACCGUAGUGCGUUCGAGGUCAAGGUGCCCAGAGCUUGUUGGGUCCAAAGACACAUCAUAUUCGACGGAUGUGCAGUGAGCGCGACUCCUUCGUUAUUUUCGGUAGCCAGUAGUCGAGGUCCAGCGAGACGAGAAGCUGAGCGGCGGCGAAUUGUUGCCUCAGGAGAUAACGCACGGCAUCACCACGCGGUCCGACGAGUGGUCCGGACUCCUGCCCAGCUCCACUAUCGUGGGUGCUGGCGGGUCGCCAUGGCUCGGUCUUGGCGUCGGCGGCGGUGCGGGAGCCACGACUGGCGGCGGAAGUCCCGUCGAACUCGAGGGGCAUUGGGGACGGAAGUUGUACGGGGCGAGCGUCGCCCCGCCGCCACCUCCGCCCCAUCAUCACCCCAGGGCACCGAUAGCCUUUCCCCUUCAGGACAUGAGGCAGACCCUCAAGGAGGAACCGGUGCCCAGAGCUUGGACGCAGCCUUCCAUCGCCGACAAUGGAACGGUUGGCGUCGGCAGAGCCCACUUCGAAAAGCAGCCACCGAGCAACCUCAGGAAGAGUAAUUUUUUUCACUUCGUUAUCGCGCUCUACGAUCGGGCGGGACAGCCAAUCGAGAUUGAGAGGACGGCCUUCAUCGGAUUCGUCGAGAAGGAUCAGGAAACCGAGGGGCAGAAGACGAAUAAUGGGAUCCAGUACCGACUUCAGCUGCUCUACGCUAAUGGCGUGAGGCAAGAACAAGACAUCUUCGUCAGGUUGAUCGACUCCGUCACCAAGCAGGCCAUCAUGUACGAGGGACAAGACAAGAAUCCGGAGAUGUGCAGGGUGCUGCUGACCCACGAAGUGAUGUGCAGUCGGUGCUGUGACAAAAAGAGCUGUGGAAACCGAAAUGAAACACCGAGUGAUCCAGUGAUAAUCGAUCGUACUUGA